AUGAAUGAGAACAUGAGAAAGGAGGGAAUACUUAAUACAAUAAAAUUAUAAAUUUAAAAAGAAAUAGUGGAUAAAUUGAUAAAAGAAACAAAAAAAUAGAAAAAAGUAAAAAGAUUAUUUAAUCUAAAAGUAGCUGAUUAAUUUAUUACAAAUUUCUUGUAAACCUAAAAUUUCCUUUUCAUUCCUAAAAUAUUUAUUUAAGAAUAUAGAAUUGAGUGUGUUGAUAUUUUACAAUCUAAAUUAAUUAUAUGGUUUAACAAUAAGAGAUUAUGAAUAGCAUUUAUUUUAGUUAUAUAAUAAGGAACAAUAUAUAUACAUUAGAUAUAAUAAGAAGUCUAAUAAAGAGAAAAUAUCAUAUAGAAAAGCUAGAUUCUAAAAGAAAGAAAUAUAUGAAGAGAGAUUGAGAAAAUAUUUAUUAAUAAAACCAAUUAUUUUAGAUUAGAUGAUAUUAAAGAAAGGGUAGAAGAGUAAAUAAUUAAAAAAAAGAUGCAGAAUAACUAAGACAAUUUAAGAAACAUGA